GCCAAUUUGGCCAAAUUACAAUGCGAAUUAUUUUCUUAUUUAGAAACACCGGACCAAGAUUUCUAAGGUCCACAUUUUACAAGUAUAACUAUAAACUUCUUAAGCUGGUACCCAGUAUGCGCACAUUGCUGGAGUGUGAGCUCCAGUUGUGUGGUGUUAUGUCAAAAUGGAUUAUUUGCAUUGCCAGUAUGGAAAUAGAGGCAGACUGUCAAAAAAAACAAAAAAACAUCCUCCCUUUAAACACGCACUCCAACAUUCCCACACACGAUACCAGACAUAGGCUAAGACACACACACACAUUAAUGUUCACUUAUGUUUGUGAGUAGGUCUAGUUGUUGCAUAACAACAAUGCAUGCAUUUUCAGAUAUCGUGAUAUAGUUCAUAUACAGUUCAUGGGGUGUGUUAUAUGUUGCUGCUGCUCCGCUGAGUGUUGUGUUGAGUUGCGGUGCGCUCUCCGGCGUGCUGCUGCUGCUGCAGGGUGAGCGUCCGUCCACAGCCUGCAGUGCUGCGAUGUGCGGCCGCUUUAUUUGUCUCUUGGCUGCUCCGUUGUUCCACAUCUGAUCCCAUUUGCAAGACCACUGAGGAACAAAUUCACUAAGAGGGGCGACCUCCGUGCAGGCGGGAGGUGAAACAACCGUGCGUCUUUGAAACUGAGUUUCCAGAUGGGGAAGGCACUCACUCAUUCCUGUGACUAUCUACAUGGUUUCUGGAGAUGCAGGUUCCUACAGAGAUUGCCCUUUCACUGACUGGAUAGAGACAAUUGGGUUUUAGGAUGCGCUCCCUGAGAAAGACGGUGUUGCUCGCCAUCCUGGUGUCUGUGGUGCUGGUACUGGCCCUCCUCCAUUCGUGGCCCACUCGGGUCUACACCACAGUGGAUGUGUGGCAGCGACCGGCAACAAUAGUAGAGAGGCAUCUGGAGGAGAGGCUCCCAGAACCAGACCACCGAUUAGGCAGCAUCCCCUUUCACGUGAGGGAGAAUGUGGCAAGCUUGUUGGCACGUAAUGGAUGCGUAUGUGAGGGUGAGAGUGGAGGAGUAAACCUGCCCUUCGCCCAACUCUUAUUCCCGCGGGUGUCAGCUCACCCGUUGCACACUGCUUUUGAGGCGUCUGAGCUGGAGGAAAUGAAGAGGAGACGGGCCAAAGAGUACAAGAGUUUCCAGAAGAGGUCACAGACGCCUGCAGAUGUUCUGAUCAUUGCAGAGGCUAACAAUCCCUUACAGUAUCCAACACAGGGGGUGGAGGUACGACCCCUGAAAACAAUCAUCAUCCCAGGCUUGGCCUUACACGACCUUCCCAGAGACCACUACUCGAUAAACAUCACUGUCACGCUGGGAACGCUGAAUGUGGCGGCAGAGGUAGACGGGGUGAAAAUCAAAGGUGACGGCGAGAUGCACAUGACUCUGUCAGGCAGUCUCCUGCUGAACCUGAACCGACAGCUGCAGUUUGUCACCUACACAAACACAUUGUUCCACCCGAGCACAGUAGACACAGUGCAGUUCGAGACAGAGGGGCAUCAAGCCAACUUCAGCAUCAAGAUUCGUCACGGUGUAACACCCAAACUGUAUAACACAGGAUCCAAAGGAGAAUACAAUGUCACUGCCCUCGUUACCAUAGCUACAAAGACUUUCCUGCGUUAUGACAAGCUUCAAGAUCUUAUUGAUAGCGUGAGAAGAUACUAUCCUACUGUCACCAUAGUAAUUGCUGAUGACAGUGAAAAUCCCAAAACCAUCUCCGGGCCUUACAUCGAACAUUACAUCAUGCCUUUUGGAAAGGGUUGGUUUGCCGGACGAAACCUGGCCGUCUCUCAGGUGACCACCAAGUACGUGCUGUGGGUGGAUGAUGACUUCAUCUUUACAGCAAACACCAAGCUGGAGAAACUCGUGGAUGUUUUAGAGAAAACCACUCUGGAUCUGGUGGGUGGUGCAGUGCGGGAGGCCACAGGUUAUACUGCCACCUACAGACAGACCAUCUCAAUUGAGCCAGGGGAGGAGAAUGGUGACUGUUUACACAUGAGGAGAGGAUUUCAUCACGUCAUCCAAGGCUUCCCCAACUGCGUUGUGACUGACGGGGUCAUUAACUUCUUCCUGGCUCGCACCGACAAAGUCCAACAGGUCGGCUUUGACCCGCGUCUUGCCAGGGUAGCUCAUCUGGAGUUUUUCAUCGAUGGCCUGGGAUCUCUCCACGUGGGCUCUUGUGAUGAUGUCAUUGUCAAUCAUGCAACCAAAAUCAAACUUCCCUGGGUCAGCCAAUCAGAGAGCGACAAGACUUACGCAAAGUUUCGUUACCCGCCGGCCUCCUCUGACGCGACACACACGAAAAACGGCCUCUUGUUCUUCAAGAACCGAUUUCAGUGUUUGACUCAUAAUUAGUUCCUCUCCCCUUUGUCCUGAGGGUUCCUUUGCUCUUCCUGAGUUGCCAAAGAAGUUCUCCUCCACCGCGUCCCGUCAGAUAAGAUUUGAGACAAACACUUUGGUUUGCCUUUUCUUGUGGUUCCAGGCUUCACUGUAGAGAAAAUGUGCCAUUAGGGCAGUUUUUAGCAUGUUUAUUCAGUCAGUGCUGAGCUUUGCGGUGAGCUAAAAAGUCCUUAUAUGCAGUAAAUAUCCAGAAGCCAGAUAUGAAAGUUCAGGCUCUCUUCUGAAGUGGAAACAGUAGUAUCAGCUGUAGUAACAAACAUACCGUCUUGUUUACACUGAGCCAGUUAAAUCACAGCAUAAUCUUGAUUAAUUCAAGGCUUUGUGUUUGUCAAAUCUUAUCUGGCUAUACAUCCUCGAGUUGUUCUAACACAGAGACCGAGCUUUGGGAAAAUCCAACAGGUAGCAUCUACACAGUCUGAGUCACAUUGUUAUUCUAUGCUGAUGUGAGUAGAGGUACUUGGUCAUGGUCAGGUCAUGUCCUCCUUCAAUUUGCACUAUCCAAAAAGACUGAGCUUGGAAAGGCAAUAGUGACAUCAGAGAGCCUAAGAACGAGGACUCAAUGUUAGCAAGGACAAAGGAACACUUCCCAGAAAGUGACAAUCCUGACACAGAGCAUAGGUAUCCUUUUUACCAAUGCCACAUGAAGAACGCAUUCAUCUUUUUUACCUGUGGUACCUACACUCUGUGACUGACUGGUCGUGCCAAAGGUUUGGCUGCUGGCUAAGAGGUGUUUUUAUCUGUUUGUGUUAUGGUUUUGCUACCCCCUUUACCCAGAAUCCUGUGUGUCAUUUGUAAGUGAUUAAGCAUGUCUGAGGAGGAGACACUUUUUUGAGGGGUUACACCUGUGUGUUACCUGAUCUGGGAGCAGCCUUGUUUUAGUCUUCUGCUGCUUCUUCAACAAACGUCUAAAGAAGAGGAGCGUUUCUGUCCAGUGCACGCUGAUGAAUAACAAUGAAAGUGAGUGCGUCUUUACAUGCUGCCUAACAGAAAAGUUGAAUGAACCAAAGUGCAUGUUUAUUUCCCUCAUUAUAAGAGAAGAAAAGAGAAGAAAAAACAGGCACAUUGAAAGAGAAGUAAUGAGAGUUUGAUGAUGAAUUGAAACACAGUGUGAGUAGUCAGAGCAUGAGAGGACAGUGGAGUCAGAGACAGUCAAAGACUGUGAUGCACUCAUGCCUGAAGUGAUGAUGCUGUUCUUUUAUACCAUGGCAUUUAGAUGGCGCCCUUGUAUCACUAUUGUUUCCUAAUGAGUCGAUUUAGUUUUUAACAGCCAUUUGUUAUUAGGAAAGAGGUGCCAGUGAUUUAUCUACUGAUUUUUUUUUUAUCUCGAGAGAAAUAUUUUAAAACUAUUUUGUGUGAUGUUUUUGUCUGUUAUGCAACGUUAGCUCUGCGGACAGGAGUCAGAAUCAAACUUCAUCAGUGACACUAUUAUAAAAGGCUUUUGUGUAGUUGUGUGUUCAAAAAUUUGUUUCAUGUUAGGAUCUAUAGCUGAGCUGAAAACCUUUUUUUUAAAGAGUGAUAUUUAUUGUGUUAACACAGAGAUUUAAUUAGCCUGCUUCACCCAAAAACCUGUCUGAUCACGGUAUUAUGAGCAUUUUUAUUAUGAGCAAAUGUUGACAUAUUAAAAUGUCUGUGGAAA